UCGUGAAGGAAGUCUGCUGCAGAAUAUAAUACUGAAAAUUCAGAGCAUAUGAUGAAGUAUAAAUGAAAAAGGAUACUGGUAAGAUUUAUGGGUGCAAAGAAAGAUGCUGGAUCUUCACAGAUGAUCAUUACAGGUGGUAAUAGAUCAGUGAUGAAGAGAUGGUUUGCCAAACACUGCAAACACACUAGGGGAAUCGAGUGCAUGAGAGGCUAUCCAGGUUGAUAAAUGGGGCCACGGGCAUGAAGAGAGAGCACAUUUACAAUAAUUGAUAAAUCAGAAGGGAAGUGUGAAGGAUAUGUAUACCCGUGUGUGAGACAGACAAAAAUGUGGGUAGAUCUACAGAUAUAUAUCUUAGUAAGAAGUAUUCCAGGAAAGUAGGAGGUGAAAGAGCCUUCUGAAUUUAGAAUAGAUUACAUUAAACUCUGGAGGCUGAAGAGGCAUUUGUGGUGUACUGACAAGAACUCCGGUCAAGCUUUUAAAGACUUUGGACCUUGUUCUUUCUGCCAUGAACCAUCUGUGUGAUGAAGACCUGUCACUCCAACCUCCUGGGUCUAUCUCCGUGUUUGAAAAAUAUGUGUCAGAUGCCUUGGGUUUGACAAUCUUUUCAGCUCUGAUGUUCUGUGACUCAACAGUAAUAAUGCAUUUCCACAGGCGGUAAAAAUAUUCUAGACUCUUCCCUUCCAAUGCUCACUGUUUACUUCCUCUGCACUUCCCCUUCCUGCCUCCCUGUUUGCUGGUCAGUUGAUAGUGGGCCUCAAUGGGGGCAGAAGCAGAAUCCCAUGGUAGCCAGGUGGGUGAAGGGGAGCGAGGACGUCCCAUCUGCCUUGAAGAAGACGCCUUCUGACCUGCUGAGGGAGUGACCAGAGGGAAGCAUUCCCGGGGACUCAGCUUGGAAACCUGGUCCUUUUCCAGGUGGUCGCAAUAGCCUGAUGAUGGAUGCCAUUCACAUCAGCAUGUCCAGUGCUCCCCUGGUGAAGCACACGGCAGGAGCUGGGCUCAAAGCUAACAGGCCCCGAGUCAUGUCCAAGAGUGGGCACAGCAAUGUGAGAAUUGACAAAGUGGAUGGCAUAUACUUACUCUACCUUCAAGACUUGUGGACAACUGUCAUUGACAUGAAGUGGAGAUAUAAGCUCACCCUGUUUGCCGCCACAUUCGUGAUGACCUGGUUCCUUUUUGGAGUGAUCUACUAUGCCAUUGCUUUUAUUCAUGGGGAUUUAGAACCAAGUGAGGAUGUUUCAAAUCACACCCCCUGCAUCAUGAAAGUAGACUCUCUCACUGGAGCAUUUCUGUUUUCUCUGGAAUCCCAGACUACCAUUGGCUAUGGAGUCCGCUCCAUCACUGAGGAAUGCCCUCAUGCCAUUUUUUUGUUGGUUGCUCAGCUGGUCAUUACGACCCUGAUUGAGAUCUUCAUCACGGGCACCUUUCUGGCCAAGAUUGCCAGACCCAAAAAGCGGGCAGAGACCAUCAAGUUCAGCCACUGUGCGGUCAUUACCAAGCAGAAUGGGAAGCUGUGUUUGGUGAUCCAGGUGGCGAACAUGAGGAAGAGCCUCCUGAUUCAGUGCCAGCUCUCAGGCAAGCUCCUCCAGACCCAUGUCACCAAGGAGGGGGAGCGGAUUCUGCUCAACCAAGCCACUGUCAAAUUCCAUGUGGACUCCUCUUCUGAGAGCCCCUUCCUCAUCUUGCCCAUGACAUUCUACCACGUAUUGGAUGAGACGAGCCCCCUGAGAGAUCUCACACCCCAGAACCUGAAGGAGAAGGAGUUUGAACUCGUGGUCCUCCUCAACGCCACCGUGGAAUCCACCAGCGCAGUCUGCCAGAGUCGCACAUCUUAUAUCCCAGAAGAGAUCUACUGGGGCUUCGAGUUUGUGCCUGUGGUUUCUCUCUCAAAAAAUGGAAAGUAUGUGGCUGAUUUCAGCCAGUUUGAACAGAUCCGGAAGAGCCCGGAUUGCACCUUUUACUGCGCAGAUUCUGAGAAGCAGAAACUGGAAGAGAAGUACAGGCAGGAGGAUCAGAGGGAAAGGGAACUGAGAACUCUUCUGUUACAACAGAGCAAUGUCUGAUGGCGGUGGCCACCCCUGGUUUGACUCUGUGAGCCAUUUCCACCUCUGAGCUCCUUUCGAACGCAAAGGUCACCAUGAGAAUGGAAACGUGUAGAUUCACUCUAAAACACUACACAGACAUACAAAAUCCACUUUUUUCCCUGGCACCUGAGCAAGCGUUUCUGUGUUUGAGAAGGUUCCUUUUCAACAUGCUUUGUCUGAAGCAAACUCUCAAAAUUCCUAUUUUCUAAGGCGGGGCUGUAUUUCCAAAAACUUGGUGUAGGGCAACUGAAAUCAUGUCGGGCUGGGUGGAGAGUUAGCAAUGCUGCUGUUGAAAGGAAAUGCAUUUCUACACAGGAUAUCAUCUAUAACGCAAGGUAUUUAUUCUAAACAAGUAUCAAAGACGUUAUGGCCAAGAGUUGAAAUGUGGUUCAGUAUCCCUUUAUACCGUUGCUUUAUAACACCCUCUUUUUAGGCAGAGAAAAUGUUAUAUUUAAUGGAGGCUAUCAGGUAAUGGAGUCAAGGGACUCUGUGCUCACAAAAAUAAUAAUUCCAUUCUUACCUCUUUGCAAUGGAUUUAAUUGUGCAGAGUGAAAUAGAAUCAAUCAGGUAUUAAGGACUGUGAAACAUAUACAAAUGGAGUUGACUCCUUUGUUCACAGUAAUUUUUUUGUUGGAAUGUACUAGUCAUUUUCUAUUCAAAAUAUAGCUCACAAACCAGCAGUAUCAGCACCAUCCGGGAGCUUAUUAGCAAUAUAGACUCUGUGGCCCCACCCGGACUUCGAGAAAUAGUCUGUAUCUUCACGAGACCUCCAAGUGAUUUGUAUACAAAAGAAAGCCUGAAACAUGGAAAGUUUUCAGGGGAACUUUCUAAAGCCAUAGCAUGCCAUGGGUCCCAAACCCACAUGGUCUCCAGACCUGUCCUUCUUUCUUCAGCUUAUUAUUAUGGGCCAAUAUUCUUAUCAGCCAUUUAGUUCCUUGUCUGUUAAAAUUGUCCACUAAGGAACUGCCACUGAUAUUCCAAAAUAAAAAAAAAAAUUACUUGAGAAUAAUGGUUGCCUCACUCAUGCUAAGCAUAUGCAUGUUGACUACAGUUAGCACAAAAGAAAAAUGAAGCUGCGUUUCAAUCAGAAAUUUGCUCAGAUGUUGAAGCCUACAAGGUUGGAUGGGGCCAUGAGGAACAAGAAGAGCCGAGGAUAAUGAAUUCACAUACAGAUGACUCUUUGAAGCAUGAAUGGGAUUGGAUGAUAUGAUGACAUGUAAAGAAUGCCUUCAAUAUUUAAAUAAAUCUCAUGCAACUGAGUGGUACAAGGGUAACAUUUUACUCUUGGCAGAACUUAGGGGCCAUGUAUUUCUUUGAGGCAAAGAAUAUACAUGGGCUUGGACUGGUUAAACAUGCAAAAGGUGAAUUCUCAUUUCAUUCAAACCAGGACAGACUUGUGUACUCACUCAAGAAAAAUGUGACUGUAAGUGGGUAGGCACUGUAUAGAACUACACAUGAGCCCACAUACAUGUACACAUAGACACACACAUGCACACACACACAUCCAUGCACAUUCUAGCUUUUCAAGCAUAAUUGUGGAAAUUAUCAGUGAAAGACAUUUGCAGUUAAGAAAGCAAGUCCUCGACAAAUAUGCUCACAUAUGUUUUAUUCCACAAAACUUAAGAAACCAGGGCUCAGAGAAAAGGAGAAAGUAAUCCAGAUUCAGGUGAUCAGUGAAAUGAUGCUAUGGAUUAUAGCAAAUGUAGUCAUAUCUUUAUGCUACCACAUUUUCAAAUGUCCUUCCAUGGGAGAGAGGAUGUGGCUGAAAUCUCUGACCUGGAGCCAAACAUCUAACACAGAUGUAAGAACAGCGGUAAAGUUAGUUCUAGAGGUUUAAAGGGCAAUUUCAAUGCACAAGAGGCUUUUUCUUUAUUAUUCAGGAAUAUUUUCUCUCUUUCUGUUAAUAAUUUAAUGGCAGAUUGUUUUAGAUCUUCAUUCUUCUAAAGAAAUUAUGUUAGUUUAGUUAGACAUUAGCCCUUUAGUCAUUAUGUGUGGUUUUUUUUAUUGUCUAUUGUGCUAUAAUCGACAGGAAAAUAAUGCCACAGGCAUGUUUACAGGUUUUCUGUUGCACUAUUAAAUUCUUUACACAGGAUUUACAUCAAUGCUAAUUUGAAUGUGAUCAAGAUUAGGAAACUUGCAUACUUCAUUGUAUUUGGUACAGUGAUGUAGCAUGAGAUGGAGAAGUCUUUUGUUUGUUCAUUUAGCAUAUCUAUUUUAGCCAAUCUGGAGGACUUGAUCAUUUGAUCUUUUGCACUAUACACAAGACAAAUAUGCAGUAUCUUAAAAAUCUUAAAAGCCAAUACUUGUACAAGUCAAUAGAUUGUAUUGUAAUAGAAUAUCCUGUAAAUAGUUUUAAACUUGUAUCUGGUUUGAAAGUUAGCAUUCCAAAAAAGAAAGAAAGAAAGAAAGAAAGAAAGAAAGAAAGAAAGAAAGAAAGAAAGAAAGAAAGAAAGAAAGAAGGAAGGAAGGAAGGAAGGAAGGAAGGAAGGAAGGAAGGAAGGAAGGAAGAAAGAAAGAAAGAAAGAAAGAAAGAAAGAAAGAAAGAAAGAAAGAAAAGAAAGAAAGUUAGCAUUCCCUACUUAUUAUUACUUUCUACACAAAACUCUGGUGUUAACAUACUAGCAAAAGAUGUAGGUGGCAAACUUAUUUCAUUAUAUCUAAACAGUCUUUUGACUGAGACAGAUUCAAGCUCAACACCCAACUAAGACAUAAUCAAACUAAUGGAAUGUUGUUGGCCCAAGAAGUCUUUUGUAUUUUGAAACAUUUCCAAUACAUCAGGCCUUCUCAGUGAGACCAUUCAAAUAUGUCAUGUUCCAUUUGAAAAAUCACAAAGUAAAUAACAGCAAAUCAGUAUAAUCUGAAAGCUGUGUCUAAUUUCAGUAAGAAAAUAUAUUGUACGUGCAUGGUACCUAGUAGCCAAUGGUCCCAGACAGCAUAGCCAAGAUUCACUCAUUGAUCCUCCCAAGGAGUCAUCUUUGGAAUCAGGUUGGAGUCACACAUUAGUUCCUUUUCUCACUCGGGAAAAUUAUAGCACUAGAUGAGACUCCGGAAAUGUAAAAUAACUGGCUAAAAGUGAAAAAUGCUAUGAAUAAGUGGACCAGAUAUUGAGAUGACUGUAAACAAUUAUUCAUUUGAAUUUUCUUUGAAUUGAAUUUUCAAUUUUAAUUGAUAGUGAUUUUGAUACCAUUGAAUGUAAAUUAAGAUAUAUAAAUAAGUGACACUUCUACUCCUAUGUGAUUCUUUCUCCCUUACUUGGAUCCUCAUAUCAUAUCACCUCGAGAAACAAGGAAAGAGAGGUGAAAAGCAAAGAAGGCACUAGGCCUUUGCAUUGGUAGCUGAGGAAAGGAUUAUCCCCACCUUUGGGCUCAGUUCUGUAUUUUGUCACUAUAGUCAAAGGGUCAGACAUUUGACGCUCUGGUAUAAUGAAUACUGCGAGCCUCUCAAUCUUGGUUUUUCUUUCUUGCUAGACUUUUCUUUGCCUGUUAAGCAUUUGAAACACAUCAUUUUGAAUGCAGGUUAUUUUAUCAAAACUUUCUGAGAUGGUAUUUUUUAAAUGAAAUAUUAGCAUUUCAAGUCCUGAUUUCCAUAUUCUGUGGUUUGCACUUGAAUUCCAGCAUUUGACUCCAGAUAGGUCCAAGAUGCACUUCAUUUUCUUCCUCUGGGAAGACACACCUGAAAGUCUAAAAGUUUAACAUUUCAUUUGUAAUUGAUUAACUACCUACAUUUAACCUUCUGUGAACCUCAGGUUAUUUUUAAUCAGAAUCGGCUGCCCAUCCUUCCUUGGGCCUAUGGACAGCAAUCCCCAGCCUUUAAGAAAUACUGAUGGAUUUUUUUUUAAAUUUUUAUUUAUUUAUGAUAGUCACACAGAGAGAGAGAGGCAGAGACAUAGGCAGAGGGAGAAGCAGGCUCCAUGCACCAGGAGCCCGAUGUGGGAUUCGAUCCCAGGUCUCCAGUAUCGUGCCCCGGGCCAAAGGCAGGUGCUAAACCGCUGCGCCACCCAGGGAUCCCAAGAAACACUGAUGAAUUAAGACAAAUUUUUUCCUGAAGUUGUUUUUUUUUUUAAUUUUUUUUUUUUAUGAUAGUCACAGAGAGAGAGAGAGAGGCAGAGACAUAGGCAGAGGGAGAAGCAGGCUCCAGGAGCCCGAUGUGGGAUUCGAUCCCAGGUUUCCAGGAUCGUGCCCUGGGCCAAAGGCAGGCGCCAAACCGCUGUGCCACCCAGGGAUCCCGUUUCCUGAAGUUUUCCACUAAAUACUUAACGAGAAAGAAACAGGAAGCAGAAAUAAGACUUCAGCCACUUCAUCUUUAUCCUCUGUCAAUUCUUCUGAGUUUACUUUCCUUUCUACUUAAUGUGUGCUUCACUGGCUUUUCUUCAUCUUUGUCAUCUACUCUAACAAGUUAAUUAUCCUGUGGAUUAAAAAAAUUAACUCAAAUUAGUAAUUUGGGGGCAUUUAGAUGGCCAGAAUUUGGGGACAGGGAUUUUUAUUUUUCAGUUGCUAUGUUGCCAGUGUAUAAGAAAUAGAAAACCAACAAACAGCUAAUUGCAGUUGAUAGUUAAUUCCUAAUUAAAUUACACUAAUUGAUUGUAGAAGUCAAAGGAUAUAAUUGAUAUAGAAGCACAAAAGCCAAAGAUGUCAUAUGUGUAGGUAAAAGCCAUAUAACUCGAAUGGGUUGAUAAUACCAGAGUGAGGAAUGUCGGACAUGCUGUAUCUACAGGAUAUGUCUUGUAUUUAAUUUUUGUCCAGCAUCCUGUAUUAAGAUGCUAUAAAUGUUCUAUAUUCAUUUUUUUCUUAGAAAAUUUACAAAAUUGCACAGCCAAUUAGAAAAAUAUUUCAAAUUUAACUAAAUGUCUUGUAUAUUUGUUUGCUAAAUCUGACAGUCCUGUAGAGAGUAUUCACAUCAUCCCAAGCUAUGCCCAGCUCUAGAAGAACAACAAACAAAUAUUCCUUCACUUGGAAGCAAUAUUUUUCAUACAACCGGCAAUAAAGGGAGUAUUCCAGAAAAAUAUUUCGUUGGCUUGCCCCAUUAGUAAAAGUAAAUUUCAGCAAAACACAGAGGGCCUCUGAUACAUUCCAUACAGUGCAAAAUAGCAUGUUUUUCGAGGAUGUCUAUCAGGGAAAGGCCUAGAAUGAUGGGUUCAAAGUCUCCUGCCACAUGGUGUACAAGAGUCCUGGUUUCCAACCCCUGGCCAGAGAAUCAGGCCAAUGGUUAGGGUGGAUUCCCAAUGACCAGUGAGUGGGCAAAGCCAAAGAUGGGGAAAUCAACUGAAAAGUCCAUCACCAAGCUUUUGCUUCACACCUCCCACCUCAUGACGGUGUAACUAUAUUUCACCAGGAUCUUAUCUUCAUUCAAGGCCAAACUGUAUCUAGUAUCCAGGCAUUCUGAUGCCCUGAAGAUACCCAAUUUCACCCCUCAAAAAUUAUUCAAGAAAAAAUAGAACUCAUUCAAAAUUAGACUCCAAGGAAGCUACCACAAUUGAUGGUCAAGUACCCAUUAAAAAAAAUCAGAAGUUGUUGACUCUGAGCUAGGAAAUGUGACCUCUUAGUUUAUCAUUACUCUUAUUGUUAUUACUGCAAAUGUCCUUAAUAUUAUGGAAAAAGUAAAAAGCUUCCAAGAAGGUGAUUGGAGGGGAGUUCAAAGGAGUGAUUUUUUCAUUCACUAUAAUUUAACUAUAUUCUUUCAUCUGUAAUCAAAUCUUAAGAUUAAGGAUGUUGUAUUAAAUCAAAUCAUUACAGGAAGUAUGACUGUAUCAGGGACUUUUUACAAAAACAAACUUCCAGAUCACCAGAGGAAGCUGUGUUUGUGUGCUGACAGAGUAUUAAAUAGCAGGCAGUACAGGAAGGCAGGAUAACAGCCAACUUGGAUCUAUUUUGGAAGAAUUAUUUCUGUAGGGUGUCAUGGAAUUGUAAGUUACAUAAAGUAUGCUUUGGUAAACAGACAUCUCCAUUCCAAAAGGACCCACUCCAAAAUACCACUUAAUCAAAUUCACGAGAAUGUUAUGGAGAUCAAAAUCCCAAAUGACAUGCAGAUUUUACAAGCAAACAGUCCCACUACUUAGAAACCCUGGCAGUGGGGCGCCUGAGUGGCUCAGAUGGUUAAGUGUCUGUGUUCGGCUUGGGUCGUGAUCUUUGUCCAGGUCCUGGGAUCAAGCCCCACAUCCAGCUCCCGACUCAGCUGGGAGCCUGCUUCUGCCUCUGCCUCUCCCCCUACUCAUUCUCUCUCUCUCUCUCUCUCUCUUUCUCUGUAUCUCUUUGUCUCAAUUGAAUAAAUAAAAUCUUUUUUAAAAAUUGAAAAAAAAAAAGAACCCCUGGCAAUGUGUGCAUAGCAAAAUCUUGAUCAUGCUUCUGUCUCUCGUUACAUACAGCACUAGAUUUGAUGGCUGCCUGUAUUAUGCCACAAGAUGAGUGUCCAUGCUUCCCUAUGAUAUUUGAACUGGUUCUAUGCUUGGAUUUGCCUAAGCAGAAUCAUGAUUUACAUUUCUCAAGAUUGAGUUAGUACCAGUUGGUGUUGGAAAUCUCAUACUAACUGAUUCCUAUACUAUGUCACCACCAAGCCCAAUCAGACCAUGACCAAUCAGCUUGAAAUAUAUACUUCCAUGUUCUACAAACCCACACCUCGAUUUGUCAAGCCAUUUCUUGUUUUUGUAGGUAUCUCCUCCUUUUCCUGUUUAUAUAUGGAAUCUCUCUAGUCUGUGAAACAAUAGCAAGUACAAUAAAGCUCAUUUUACAAUCUUGA